CACAUAUUCAAAACUGUACCAAACUUCUUUUUGCCUUACAAAUUAACGAAAUAUGGAGAGAGGAAAAAAGAGGGACCGUCAAAACCUUAAGAAUGAACAUGAUCAUGAUCAUGAUCAUGAUCGACCUUCUGAUACUAGCCCUAAAACAACAUCCAACUCUGUUCCAACAACCGGUUCUGAAGUCGAGUACGACAUUAUAGCUCACAUUUUGUCUCUUCAAUUAUUGCCUCACAUGAGAGCUGCUAUUCGUCCGAUGGUUGAUGAGGAAUUUGAUAGAAAGUUCAUGUUUUACGUUCAUCAAUUUCUUGCAUCCUCAUCUUCAAGCUCUGUCCAACUAAAUAAUCAUAACAAUGAAGAAACAACCAAGUUUAGGUUAUGUUUUCUCAACCAAAUUCCUUCCACUAUUUUUACCAACAACGAGAUAGAAACGGGGAAUGGUGAUGCAUUACAAGUUGCACUUAUUGAUGACAAUAAUUCCAAUGCCAUCGUCUCCGAUGGUCCUUUGUCGAUAGCACAAAUUGAGGUCAUCGUCCUUGAUGGAGACUCGGACAAGUUCAUGAGCGAAAACAUUUUGUCUCAAAGGGAUGGAAAAAGGCCAUUAAUUGUGGGCAAUGAUUUGAAACUUCAUCUCAAAAAUGGAGUUGGGUUCAUCAAGAGUUUGAGCUUCACUGACAAUUCAAGUUGGAUGAGAUCGAAACAAUUUCGGUUAGGAUUAAGAAUUGUGGAUGACAAAAUUCAAGGUAAGUUUCCAAGAAUUAGAGAAGCUGUAUCUCAACCAUUCAGAGUCUUGGAUCAACGAGGAGAAGUGAACCAGAAGCACCACCCUCCACAAAGGGAAGACGAGAUAUGGAGAUUAGAAAGAAUUGCAAGAAAUGGUGCUUAUCAUAAACGCUUAUCUUCUCAUGGCAUCAAUACUGUUGGUGAUUUUUUAAAAACUUAUUUAGAAAUGGGUACUGUUCACUUGAGAAAGUUACUUGGAAAGAAUGUCCCAAAUAAGGCAUGGAAUGCAAUGGUUACUAAUGCUUUCGAAUGUGUCUCUCUUGUCAAAAACUUUGCUCCAAGCUUCGAGAGGCAAGAUUUGUUUGGAUAUGAAGGCAUGGGAAGUGAAGGUUUUGAAGGAAACAUAGAAGUAAGUGAGCAAAGGAACUCAAGUGAUUGGAAUAAGUUUUUAGAGACAACACCUGAAGAAUGGGAUCCCAUGCAAGAAGCUUCAACUUCACAUAAAUACAACUAUGAAGUGGAAGAUGUAAAUGCAUAUUGUGCAACAACCAAUACUGACAAAUACAAAUGA